CUUUACGGAGGGGGGGGGGGGUCAUGUUCAUGUUCAAGGGACUAGGUGCAGAUUUGUUUACUCCUGAUUAAACCUUCAAGAAAACAUGAAGAACUGGAUUGCAAUUCUAUUCUGUGUCGCCCCUGUCCUGGGCGCUAAGCAGCUGCCGGAAGCAAUGAUCGGAGAAUUCAAGCUGGAGAGCAGUGAGGGGUUUACUGACUUCAUGUACGAGCUGGGAGUCGACUGGUUUAAAAGAAACAUCGCCUGCACGAUCUAUCCUAAACUGGUCAUCGCCGAGAAGGAUGACGGAGAGAUCUCUGUGGAUACGAUCUCCACCUUUAAGAACACAUACACCAAGUUUAAGCUGGGGGAGCCCUGGGAGGAGUAUACCGCUGACGGCAGAUACACUACAACUACUACGACUGUGGAUUUAGAAGACCCUGAGUCACCAAAACUGAUCAAAAAACAAGUUCCUGAACCAUCAACCGGAUAUAAAACUACAUACGAGGUUCGUGAAUUUAUCGACAACGGAGAGACAAUGGUUCUAACUUUAACUAUCGAGGGAGUACCUGAUAUUAAAAGUACAAGGAUUUAUAAAAGGUUAAAUGCAAACGAAUAGAAACUAGCUUCCUGUCUUCGUACCUUUCUGCAUAGAUUACCAUCUUCCUGCCUUCCUGCACAGCUACCCAUAUUCCUGCCUUCCCGCAUUGCCAUUAAUCUGCCUUCCUUUCUACAUAGAUAAACAUUUUCCUUCCUUCCUGCAUAGCUACCCAUAUUCAUACCUUCCUGCUUAGCUAAUAAUCUUCCUGCCUUCCUGCAUAGCUACCCAUAUUCCCAUCUUCCUGCUUACCUAAUAAUCUUCCUGCCUUCCUGCAUUGCUACCCAUUUUGCUGCCUUCCUGCAUAGCUACCCAUCUUCCUGCCUUCCUGCAAAGCUACCCAUAUUCCCACCUUCCUGCCUUCCUGCAUAGCUACCCAUAUUCCCGCCUUCUUGCAUAGCUACCCAUAUUCCCGCCUUUCUGCAUAGCUACCAAUUUUUCCUGCCUUCCGCCUAACUACCAACUUCUUGUCAUCCUACCUUCCUUCCUACCUAACUACCUGUAUACCUACCGCUUCCUGCAUAGCUACUGUGUUCCUGGCUUCCUGCUUAGCUAAUAAUCUUCCUGUCUUCCUGUCUAGCUACCUAUCUUCCUAACAUCCUACAUUUUAUCCGAGUAAGAUUACCUUAAAUAAAGCAAAAUAUUAUCUCUGUGUGCAAGAUCUAUUAAAAUUCAAUUUAAGCAACCAUUUGAAACUAUCUAAGAUUUCGUGAAAUUAUGUAAAAUCAACCUAAAUUAUGUAAAAUCUCAUGAAAUUAUGUAAAAUCAACCUAAAUUAUGUAAGACAUCUCAUAAACAUGCGAGAAACCUAAAAAUUAAAUUCAUUUGAAAGUAUGUAAGAUUUAUGAAAGUAAUGUAUGUAAGUUAAGAAUCAUCGAAAGUUAUGUAAAGCAUCUCAGAAAUAUGUAAGUUAAGAAAAUGUGUAAAAUCCCCUGAACAUAUGUAAGAUCUCCUCAAAAUACGUAAAUUCUCUUGAAGUAAAUAUAUAAAAACCUAUCUGAAA